AUGGAGUACGAGGCACUCAAAGAGCAAUGGAGCGACGUGGAGGACCGCGAUGGUGUUCGCCUGAGCUGGAACGUAUUCCCAAGCUCGCGCAUGGAAGCGUCGCGGUUGGUUGUGCCGAUUGGUGCUCUUUACACUCCGCUAAAAGAGAAGCUUGAUACUCCAUUGCUACAGUUCGAGCCAGUUACUUGCAAGCAGCCGUGCCGCUCUGUUUUGAACCCAUUUUGCCAGGUCGAUGUUCGUGCUCGGGUCUGGAUUUGUCCUUUCUGCUUGUCGAGGAAUUCCCUUCCCCCACACUACAAGGACAUUACCCAGAACGCGAUUCCACCCGAGCUGCAUCCUGCAAACACGACUAUUGAAUAUCGACUAUCCCGACCGGCCCCAGCUCCGCCCAUUUUCUUCUAUGUUGUCGAUUUGUGCCAGGAAGAUGACGGUUUGGCUGCGCUCAAAGAGUCCCUGGUCACGAGCCUCAGCUUGCUUCCGGAGAAUGCCUUGGUCGGCUUGAUUACAUAUGGCACAAUGGCACAAGUACACGAGAUCGGCUACGAGGGCUGCGCGAAAUCGUAUGUUUUCCGAGGAAACAAGGACUACUCUGCCAAGCAAGUUCAAGACAUGCUUGGCUUGUCGUCUUCUACAGCUCGACCGGGGAUGCAACCGCAGUCCGGUCGACCCAUGCCCAUAGGCCCAGCAUCCAGGUUUCUCAUGCCGGUCCAGCAAGCGGAGUUCCAGCUUACAAAAGCGUUGGAGGCACUUCAGAAAGACCCAUGGCCAACUGCAAAUGACCACCGUAACCUACGAUGCACCGGUGUGGCCCUGAGCGUGGCGAUCGGGCUCAUGGAGUCGUCCUUCCAAAAUGCUGGAGGGCGUAUAAUGCUCUUUGCCGGAGGCCCAGCUACAGAAGGCCCAGGAAUGACUGUUGGUCCUGAACUGCGGGAGCCAAUGAGAUCACACCACGAUAUUGAUCGCGAUAAUGUCAAGUAUUAUAAAAAGGCCUUGAAGUUCUACGAGACAUUAGCAAAGCGCACAGCGCACAACGGCCACAUUAUAGACAUUUUUGCGGGCUGCUUGGACCAGGUUGGACUCCUAGAAAUGAAAGGCCUCUGUAAUUCUACCGGCGGUCACAUGAUCUUGACCGACAGCUUCACAUCAUCCAUGUUUAAGCAGUCUUUUAUCCGUGUUUUCGAAAAGGAUGGUGACGAUAACCUCCUCAUGGGCUUCAACGCCGUGCUGGAAGUCCUGACCACGAAGGAGCUCAAGGUUACUGGUCUUAUCGGGCAUGCUGUCUCCCUCAACAAGAAAUCGGUUUCUGUUGGCGAGACUGAAUGCGGUAUUGGCAAUACCUGCUCUUGGAAAAUGUGCGGCAUUGACCCCAAAGCCAGCUAUGGUGUCUAUUUUGAGGUUGCCAACCAAGGCCAAAGUCCUCACCAGCAAGGACCCCAGAAGGGCAUGAUGCAAUUUCUAACAUACUAUCAACAUUCCUCUGGUCAAUUCCAUCUACGCGUCACCACUAUCGCGCGCAAUCUGAGCGGACCGGCCGGCGAUCCGGCGAUUGCUCAGUCAUUCGAUCAGGAAGCCGCUGCUGUGCUGAUGAGCAGAAUAGCAGUUUUCAAAGCUGACGUCGAUGAUGGGCCGGACGUGCUUCGAUGGGUGGACAGGAUGCUUAUUCGGCUAUGCUCGCGCUUCGCCGAUUACCGAAAAGAUGAUCCGUCCUCAUUCAGGCUGGAGAAGAAUUUUACUCUUUACCCGCAAUUCAUGUUCCAUCUGCGCAGAAGUCCGUUUCUGCAAGUUUUCAACAACUCACCAGAUGAGACAGCUUUCAACCGGCAUGUACUGAACCACGAGGAUGUCAGCAAUUCGCUCGUUAUGAUCCAACCAACACUUGACUCUUAUACCUUUGAUCAAGAUGGCGGUCAACCUGUGCUUCUCGACUCCGCCUCUAUUCAGCCUACGCACAUUCUCCUCCUGGAUACCUUCUUCCAUAUCCUCAUCUUCCAUGGUGAGACAGUUGCAGAAUGGCGAAAGGCCGGCUACCAGGAGCAGGAUGGCUAUGAAAAUUUUGCCGCCUUGCUGGAGCAACCGAAGGAAGAUGCCAGGGAUCUGAUCACGGACAGAUUUCCACUACCUCGGUUCAUUGUUUGCGACGCUGGUGGCUCCCAAGCCCGAUUCUUGCUCUCCAAACUCAACCCGUCUACCACCCAUACGACCGGACCAUAUGGCGGCGCUGGAGCCGCGUCUGGUCAAACGAUCUUUACCGACGACGUGUCUUUGCAAACGUUCAUGGAUCACUUGAUGAAGUAA